AUGAAAAUCGAAGAGCAGGACCCUGCAGGCUGCACACAAGGCGAGGCGUCAGAAGGAACAGGAAAAGCUCCAUACUUGGGCAUCGUAGGUUGCAAGAUGGACAUGGAGGGAGCAGUGCAUUCUGGGAGUGCCAGGGAGAUUCUCAGAAGGUCAAUUUUGCAUCAGGUGCAGGAGGAGCCGGAAGAAGCCUUGACCCAGCAUUGGGAAGCCCAAUGGCAGACGUUCCUGGGAACAGUGGAGGCCCCUCACUUGGGCUGGGGGGUCCCACAGGUGCCAGAGGAGCCCACCCCCUGGGACGAUGCCAAGGCCUUCCUGGCCUCCUUUGAGCAAGUGGCCAAAGCCUGCCGGUGGCCCCGGGAAGAGUGGGCGGCCCGCCUCCAGCCGGCCCUCAGCGGAGAAGCCGAGCAGGCCUUUUGGAGCCUGGAGGCUGGAGACAGAGAGGAUUAUGGGAAAGUAAAGGCGGCCAUCUUGCGAGGGGAUGCCAUCGGAAGGGAGAAGCUGCGCCAACGCUUCUGGGGCUUCCGCUACCAGGAGGCCGAGGGGCCCAGAGGGGCCUACACCCGGCUGCAGGAGCUUUGCUCCCGGGGGCUGAAGCCGGAGAGGCACACCAAGGAGCAGAUCCUGGAGCUGCUGAUCCUGGAGCAGUUCCUGACCAUCCUUCCGCCGGAAAUCCAGAGCAGGGUGAGGAAUUGCGGCCCAGAGACCUGCUCCCAGGCAGUGGCCCUGGCCGAGGGGUUCCUCCAGAGGCAGCAGGAGGCCAAGGAAGAGCAGGUGAGAGUGUUUCAACCUUGUACAACAGGGAGUAUGAGGGGGCAUUUUUGGUUUGAGGGCCACAUUCUCUUCUGGGGGGGCCACAUGCUUGUGGGGGGGAGGGCAAAAGAGGCACCUUUGUACCAGAAGCUACAAGUGAGCCAUGCCAAAGUCAAAGGUUUCUGCACAUACAGCCAGGGGAAGGAGCCUGAGAGAGGGAAGGCAGGGACCCUCGCAACUGCUUCGUGGGGCAAAACCUAGAAAGAGUUGCUGAGACCACUAGGCCUGUGGUGUGUUUUCUUGAAUAAAGAUCUAACUUCCUUAGCCACGGGUGAUUUAUUGUUUUAUUGCAGGCCCGUGCCUGUUAGAAUUCCUGAUCUAUGAUCGUAGUCAGGGGAUUUUUGUCUAUCACAUGACGGUGUAUGUUUUGACUCCACAGAGUGGGAAGUGACGAAGACAGGAUGUUUGUGUUACUGUGUUUCCUGAAGUGGGACUAUUGUCCUUUGUUCUUUCUCUCUUUGCUGUCUGAUGCUAGAGAGAGUGGGAGCCAUGUUGCAGUGCUCCGUGCGUGUUUAUAUGUAAAUAAAGUAGAUUAGCCAAAAUGCUGAGUUGCUGAGGUCUGUCAUGCGCAAAUUGCUCAAACUCUGCGGAUCUCUAAGUGUGCCAGUGUCGGUUGGCAUCGGUCGCUGUGAUGUUCGGGCUGAAGAAAGCUUAUGAAGCUCCCGAAUGAUCGACCAGGAGGGAGGGAACAUGCCAGUCGGGCAUGUGUCUCUGCCAGAGUCCUACUCGAGUGUAGGCUGAACUCCUGACAAUGCCAACACCAGCCCUGACAGCAGUGCCGGAUUUACAUAUAAGCUAAUCAAGCUAUAGCUUAGGGCCCCACUCUCUUGGGCGCCCCCAAAAAGAUUUAAAGGAAAAAAACACUGGAUGUGCAUUUCCAAAAUAUAAGAUAAAAAACAAAUAAAAUAAAACCUACACACAGCAACAACGUUUUGUGUUGCGUAUGGACCUAUUAGGUCCAUAAAUUACCAUAUAGCAUAUAUUCAACCCAAAAAAACAGUGAAAAUUUGUUGUUGUCAAAGAGCAGCUGGACAUAUAAACGGCCUCAUUACCUUCAGUAGCUUAGGGCCACAUCAGACCUAAAUCCGGCCCUGGCUGACAGGUUCUCACAGUGGCAUCAGCCAGCUUCCAAGCAGGAUAUGAGAGCAAUAGCAACUCUCCCCCUGUGUGCUUCCUAGUAACCGGCAUUCAGAGGCACAAGCUGCCUCUGACAGCCGAGGUAGACCAUGGCCUUCGUGGCUAGUAGAAGCCACUGACAGCACAGCAUUCCUUUGCCACCUCUCAGGACUGUCACUGUACCCUGAAAGCAUCCCUUUCCGUCCUUACAGGUCACCUCAGAAGAGGCAGCUGUGAGCUUUUCUGAGGGACGCUGGGCUCCACCUCCCAUGAAGGAGAAACAUCUGUAUGUAGAAACCAAGCAAGAAGAUGGAGAUGCCAGCCUUUUGAGUAGGGAGGAGUCUUCUUUUUCUGAGGGGGGUGAUGCUCAAUAAAUCAGAACUGUUUGGAAUUAUCUCGUUAUUUUUCCAGUAGGAAAAGAGCGGAUGACCACAGAUGAGGAGGAGGAGAAAUAUGUACCAGGCGGUUCAGAACUGGUGGGACUGCAGGGGACAUUGACCUGGAAAGUGGGAGAGGAACUUCCUCUGUGUUGGGAGCCUGAAAAUGUCUUGGCAAGUCAGGAUGGAGGAGGAAGGUGUCAGCAGGAAACUCAACCCGUGGAAGGAGCUGUUGGAGCCGCUCCUUGUAGGGAAGGUUAUGAGGCCCCCAGGAAAACCAUAGUCCAGGCAGGUAAGAAAUGAACACGGGGACAUUGAAAGCUGCCCUUAUACAGAGCCAAUGUCAGGGGAUGGUUGGGCGCAGAGGAAUAGUGGGAGGAACCGGCUGGGGAACCCCCAAGGGAAGAAGGCUCAGAGGCCAGGGAUGUGUGGUGGGACAACAAUGAGUGGUCAGAGGGAGAAGACGGGGAAGAGGCUGUGUCGGAAGCUGAAGAAGUAACAGGGCAGGGUGAGCUGGGAAAGUCUGUAGCAGAGAGAAGUCCAGAAACAAAGGUAAUAAUAAUAAUAAUAAUAAUAAUAAUAAUAAUAAUAAUAAUAUAUUUUAUUUAUACCCCGCCCUCUCCAGCCAAGACUGUGCUCAGGGUGGCUAACACCAGGUAUAAAACAAUUGAUUGAAAUACAACUUAAAAACAAGAUUAAAAUACAACGUUAAAAUGCAGCCUCAUUUCAGCCGAAACUCAAAAACUUUUUGGGGGAUGAAAACGUCAAGUCAAGGUAGAAGCUGAAGUAGGGGAGGAGGAAGCCCAAGAGGCAGAGAUGAGUCAGGUUGGUGAAGAGUCAUGGGGGUUUCCCCCUCCUGCUGUGAAAAACUCAGUUCUCCCCAUCUCCCAGAACCAGAAGAGGGCUGAAAUGGGCUUCACAGGCUUCACUCAGGCAUAGUCUCAGGUUGCUAGGAAAAAGCACAGGAGAGGAGGGGACUUAGAUGGCUGUGGGGAGGCAGGGACCUAUAAUCUCAGCAACUGAUUUCAUGGAAUAAGACCUACAAGAAAUAAGCUGCUGUGCUCAUUAAGCCUGACACGCAGCCAAGUCUGCAAAGAAAGUGUUUUUGCUAAUACAGUGGUACCUUGGGUUAAGUACUUAAUUCGUUCCGGAGGUCCGUUCUUAACCUGAAACUGUUCUUAACCUGAAGCACCACUUUAGCUAAUGGGGCCUCCUGCUGCUGCUGCGCCGCCGCCACCGCUGCACGAUUUCUGUUCUCAUCCUGAAGCAAAGUUCUUAACCCAAGGUACUAUUUCUGGGUUAGCGGAGUCUGUAACCUGAAGCGUAUGUAACCCAAGGUACCACUGUAGUUAACUCCAACUUGGAACUGUGUGAUUUACUACCAACUCGCUCUGUGAUAGCCAGAGACUAUCGGUCAACCUAGACCAGUAUUCUGUACACUGAUUGGCAGCAGCUCUCCAGAAUUUCAGGCAGGGGGUGUUCCCAGCCCUCCCUGGAAAAGCCAGGGGUUGAACCUAGGAGCUUCUGCAUGCAAAGCAAAUGCUCUACCCCUGAGCCGGGGCCCUACCAGAAACAGGAACGUAAGGUUGUAGGAAAUGCAGAUGGAGCCCAAUACCAGGUUGACCCCAGUUUGAAUCCUUACCUAGCCAUGAAGUUGCCGGUCCAGCCUGCCUAACUUACCUCAAAGAGUUGUUGUGAAGAUAAAAACGGGAGGGCCGUAUAUUGUAGCCCCAGCUUCUUGGAGGAAGGGCAGGACAAAAAUAAAAAUGUAUUGAUGGUGGUGUCUCUUCUUUCCCCCCGCAGGAGGAUCUCUGAUUCCCAAACCAAACUUCGUUUCCUGGCUGGAAGAAAGCGAAGAUCCCUUUGCUCAGAGCAGUGAGGGAGGAGAGGGAUUAGCAGGUAGGUGCUUCAGGUCUAUUUUGCUGAUGGAGAAUUGUGGGGUACCCUUGUGGGGGCGAUGUGCUGAUGGAACCCCACCCCACAUAGGAGCAAACUCCUGUGCGCCAGGGCUGCUUCGGCCCACACAAUAAAAUAUUUGAGGGGGCCAGACCUCCACAUAGUUGAUGGGCAUUCCCAUUCAAACAGUGUGUGUGCACUGCAUCAUGUGAUUGAUUAUGCAAGGCGAGGCUUAGCGGGGCCCCCACAAUAUUUUAUUCAAGUUGGUGCCCCUUUCACCCCAAGUUGCUGCACCAUGAUCAGAGGUUCUACGCUACUAGCCACGAUGGCUAGCACCUAUUUCCACUGUCUGGGGGCAGAAUAAGCCUCUGACUCCAGCCAGGUAAUGUCAUACCCUCCAACAUCUCUCCAAUGAAAAUAGGGACGUCCUAUUCCAUUAUUAUUAUUAUUAUUAUUAAUACCCCGCCCAUCUGACUGGGUUGCCCCAGCCACUCUGGGUGGCUUCCAACAUACAUAAAAACAUAAUAGAACAUUAAACAUUUUUUAAAAACUUCUCUAUACAGGGCUGCCUUCAGAUGUCUUCUAAAGGUUGUACAGUGGUACCUCGGGUUACAUAUGCUUCAGGUUAUAUACGCUUCAGGUUACAGACUCUGCUAACCCAGAAAUAUUACCUCGGGUUAAGAACUUUGCUUCAGGAUGAGAACAGAAAUCACGUGGCGGCAGCAGCGGGAGGCCCCAUUAACUAAAGUGUUGCUUCAGGUUAAGAACAGACCUCUAGAACGAAUUAAGUUCUUAACCCGAAGUACCACCAUAUAGUUACUUAUGUCCUUGGCUCAGGAGUUGCGUAACUACAUAUCUUCCAACAUUUCUUUGAUGAAAAUAAGGAUGUCUUAAGGAAAAGCAGGACAUUCCAGGAUCAAAUUAGAAACCGAGACGGCUUUUGUAAAUUUGGGACUGUCCCUGUGUGGGAGUCAUAAAGCCACGGUAAAGGCUUGUAAUAUUGCAGGGUGCCCCCUGACCUCGGCUGACCAGCACUCUGAGCUUUACAAUGUAUUGGAAUGUAUUGGAGCUGUGUUUCCUCUGGGCAGUGAUUGACCUUAUAUGGUGAAGGGGGCAAUAAAAGCCUUGACCGGAUGAGGUAACGUGAGACACUGGCAAACAGCCAUGCGGCUGGUGAGAGACAAAAGGAUAAAAGAAAUUGCAGGAGGAGAGGGAGGAAAAAGGAGCUGCUCCUACCAUCAUGAAAAUAUUGCUGGCUCUCUGUGUCAUAAUUUUAUGCUAAACUUCGCCAUUUGUACGGCUGGCUCCGACAAGUGGUGCCCCGUGUGAGGCUGAAUAAAAGAAUACGUCUGAGGACUAAGAGGAGUUUAAAAGAAAACCGUGUGAGGCAACUUAAAGAAAACAGUCUGAGGCAGACUGAGGCUUUUAAAAGGAAACCGUGUGAGGUUUAUCGAUCCUAGCAAAGGAUAUCAUCGGCUCACUACGCCCGGCCAGGGUUUCAAGCGCUAUUCAUCUUAAAAAGAUCCCGGUGAGUUCCGAUCCCUUAUUUUAUAUAUUGAUUUUAGAAAAAUGGGCAGCUCUUUGUCUGCUCCCUCCCCAACAGAAAUUUUUAAAAGACUUAAAAUUUCUCCUCUCCUCCAACGAAUUGGAAGUUCCGGAGGGUGAUUUAAUACAGCUCAUUCUGGCUAUCAAAGAGCAUUCCCCCUGGUUUCCUGCAGAUGGGACUUGGGAAUUGAAACAUUGGGACAAGAUCGGGGAACAUUUUCAUGGGCACCCCAGCAUAAGUGUUCGGAUUCUAAAUGCAUGGUGCAAGGUUCGUUACGCCAUGGGCUCUUUAUCACCAAAAAAUAUAUCCAUGGCUGCAUUGCCAACACAACCUUCAGCUUCUUUAAUUCAGCCUGCUGUGUUAGAAUCUGUUGCAAUACUUGUUUUGCCAGCAGCUCCAGACCCCAAACCUCCGGACUACAGUUCCUCACCAGAGGACCCAAUCCUGCAAAAAUACCGUGGUCUGGCUGGCAAUGAUUCUGCUCUUUCAGCGGCAGAACCAGAACCUUUUCAACGUGCAGUCCUUGCCUGUUCCUUAAUUCAGGAUACUAUGGCAUUCCCUGUUAUUGUGCCCCCUGCUGGUGCCCCGGCAGGCACCCAAGCCCAACACCAACCUUUUGACUUUAAGAUCUUGAAAGAGCUGCAACAGUCAGUAAAAGCCAAUGGACUCCAAGCCCCAUAUACGCAGGCACUUUUAGAAGCCACAUUAGCCCAGCUCUUGGCUCCAGAGGACAUCAAGCUUUUGGCCCAUACAGUGUUGCCCCCAUCAGCUGGUGUUUUGUUUGCCCACGAAUGGGAAACUGCCUGCCGUGCUUAUGCUCCAGCCUUGUUACAACAAGUCAGAGGAAAUAAUCCAAAUGUUACCCACGCAGACGUCACAGAUGCCAUGUUGGGGCGUGGUCCCUUCGCUCAAGCUUCAGUGCAAGCCACACUGCUGCAAAUCUUAUUGAGGGACACUGCUCUUGCUGCUAAACAAGCAAUGAGAAAAAUCCCAGAACCCACCAGUAUUCAAUCAAGGUGGGGUUCAAUCAGGCAAGAGGCAAGAGAAUCAUAUUCUUCCUUUAUGGAUAGGCUGCUUACAGCAGUGAGUCGCCAAAUUGAAAAUCCUGAAGCCAAACAAAUAAUCAUCAAACAAUUGGCUUUUGAAAAUGCCAAUGAGGAUUGUAAACUUGCAUUGCGACCGAUAAUACACAAUCCUGCCACAGACACAGCAGCCAUGCUUCGCAUUUGUCAGUCUGUCGGUGCAGCCACCCACAAGGCUUAUCUGCUGGCAGCAGCGCUAAAUGAAAACCAGCCUGUAGCCACCGAUACAACUUAUUUCCAGGGUGGCAAACCAGGAUCACUGAUACCCCAGGGGGGGUAGAACAGUGGCCUCUACCAAAAGAAAAAUCCGCAGCAGCAGCACCAGCUAUUUCUGAACAGCUUAUUUCUGAACAAUUGACUUUCGGCCACAUUGAACCAUCUUCAUCCCACUGGCUCCAGCAGACAGGGAACGGUUUGCUUUUACAUUGCCAGCAUAUAACAAUUCGCAGCCCACCCAGCGAUAUCAGUGGGUUGUCCUGCCUCAAGGCAUGCGGAACUCCCCUACACUUUGUCAACAUUUUGUGGGUGAAGCAUUGAAACCUUUCCGCAUGCGCCACCUAGAGGUGCUGCACACGAGCUGCAUCUGGCAGUGUUUUCCUUCCUAACCAUUUGCCUUGCCAACCUUUGCGGCACCAUUAUACAAGGAUCCAGCAGACGACCCAGUCCAGUUGAAACCACCAUAUUUCACCUCAUCGGCGGGCAAGCAGCAGUGUCAGCUUCCUACUCUGGCGGGCAGUAUCCACGGCUCAGCCACUUUGAACUAGAAGAACAGCGUUGUUGAAUAAGACUUUUAGGGGAGAAAAUUAUCAUAAGAUAUGGAGGGAUAAUAUUUUUGUACAAAAUAUGAUUAUGUUUGCCAGUUUAUUGCAUGCUUCUAAAUGUUGGGUGUGUAUGCCAGUCAUUCCGGCAAAAUGCUUCAUGGUGUGCCUGUCAAUGGAUCUUUUCAAUUUACUGAUAUUAUAUCCCCUGAGCAAACCUUUUGGCCUCCAGUAUAAUUGACCCUCCAUGAGCCUGCCCCCAUUUAUUUUCAAAUUAAGGAGGGGAAAGAAUCAUGGGGCAUAUAUCAAAACUGCAAAUAUACAUUGAAUUUCACUUUUAAUAGCUCUUGUUCUCUUACAGGAACCAAUCUCAGUGCUAUAGGAGUGACACCAGUGCAUGGCUAAUAAACUAAAAGGAAGCCUACCAUGCAGCUUGGAAUCAGAAUUCUUAUAUUCUUGGCUUCCGGAUUUUAGUGAUCAUUAUAGUAGUUAUUGAUUUUAGUGAUUAUUAUAGUAGUUAUUUGCAUUAUUUUGUGUUGCUGUAUCCAAUGUAUUCUUUCUAUAAUCUCUAUAUGUACUGCAUGGUUCUCCAGUCCGCAGCCCGCUUCCGGUGUCACAAGAGUCGCUUAUCGCGCUCAAUAUAGCGUAUUGACUCUGAUAUAAAGUAAAGAAAGAGGGCAUGUGGGAGUCAUAAAGCCACGGUAAAGGCUUGUAAUAUUGCAGGGUGCCCCCUGACCUCGGCUGACCAGCACUCUGAGCUUUACAAUGUAUUGGAAUGUAUUGGAGCUGUGUUUCCUCUGGGCAGUGAUUGACCUUAUAUGGUGAAGGGGGCAAUAAAAGCCUUGACCGGAUGAGGUAACGUGAGACACUGGCAAACAGCCAUGCGGCUGGUGAGAGACAAAAGGAUAAAAGAAAUUGCAGGAGGAGAGGGAGGAAAAAGGAGCUGCUCCUACCAUCAUGAAAAUAUUGCUGGCUCUCUGUGUCAUAAUUUUAUGCUAAACUUCGCCAUUUGUACGGCUGGCUCCGACAUCCCUGGAAAACAGGGACAUUUUGAGGGUCUGUUAUGUUCACAGAAAUGCAUAUAACUAAUGUAAACUAUGCAUUAAAAUGUAUAUAUUGAGGAAAGUAACAUGCACAAGCUGUUGAUGCAGCCUAGAAUAGCAUUAGUUUUUUGCUGCUGCAUCACACUGUUCACUCAUGUUAAGCUUGUGGUCCACCAAGACCCCUGGGUCUUUUUGACAUGUACUACUAGUAAGCCGAGUGCCUCCCAUCUUAUAUUUGUGCAGCUGGUUAUUCCUGCCUAAGUGCAGAACCUUACAUUUCAACCCUAUUUAAAUUAAUUUUUUUCUUUUCUUAAACCUUUUGUUUUUCUUACACACGCACCAAUUCAUAGCAUUUAAUUCUGGCUUACCUGUUUAUUCCAGAAGGCAGCUUGCGGGAGAUUGAGGAUGAGACCGAAAUAUGUGGGACAUCAUUAGGAUGUAAAGAGAAACUCCAGGAUCAAAGUGAUUCAGAGUUGCAGGAGGGUGAGGCUCAGGCAGAGGAUAAGGCUAAACCUGCUGCUUGUCAGGACAUGGACCUGAAAGAAAUCCCGACCCGGCAGGAAAAACACAGAGAAACGAGAAGCGCCAAGUGCCUCUGUGCUCCCACCCAGGAGAAACCAAAUAAAAACUUGAGGGUUGGAAAAAGCUUCGCUCAGCAUCAAAGACACCGUGACGGGGAAGUGCCAUAUAAAUGCCUGGACUGUGGAAAGAGCUUCAACCACAAAGCGAACCUGAUUUCACAUCAGAGAAUCCACAGGCGGGGAAAACUCUACAACUGCUCAAACUGCAGCAAGACUUUCCUCCGCAAAUCGAUCCUUAGCUGGCAUUUGAGGAUGCACACAGGGCAGAAGCCGUUCAGCUGCGCCGACUGCGGCAUCAGUUUGAGCGCUCAGUCCAGCCUCACUCGGCACCAGAGGAUCCACACGAGGGAUAAGCCCUACAAGUGCUUGGAGUGCGAGAAGAGCUUCAGCCAAAACUCGGACCUUAUGAGGCACCAGAGACUCCACACAGGGGACAAACCAUACCAAUGCUCCGAGUGCGGGAAGAGCUUCAGCCGGGGGGACUGUCUGGCUUCGCACCAGAAAAUCCACAUGGGGAAAGAUCAGGCCAGCUUCCCGGCGGCAGCAAGAACUUUGGUGAUCAAUCAGGCCUUAUUCAGUGUGUGA